UCUCCGCCAUAUUGACUGUUGUCUUGACUGGAGAAGAUAGGGAACAUUUGUGAUCCUAGAAGAACAGAAACUGUGUGUGUAAACCCUCCAAACUGGUGCAAACUUGGCCAAAGGAUACCACGAACACUUAAGUAAUGGCAAGGAAGAAAAGCAAACAACAAGGAGUCGGGCACAAGGAGCUGGUGCCUGGACAGCAGAACAUAUCGAAGAACCCCGUCUCUCCCGGCGAUGCAGCUGGCGGUGGUGGCGGAGAUGCAGGGCUGGAUAGACUGGCCACCAGGGCGAAUCAGCCUAUGCACACCUGCUGCCUACUGUGUCAUCGUGAGUUCAAGGACUGGGGGGCAAACUCUGUGAACGGUCUCCCUGGGGGUCACGGGGCGAAGCUGGCGGACACGGUGGGCCGUAAGCUGGCUGACGCGGUGCCCUCCCUGUCCCAGUCUCUCCUGGGGGAGGUGCCCCUCUGGAUCUGCCAGAGCUGCCGGAAGAGCGUGGAGGAGGAGGAGAGGCGGAGUGCCCAGGAGGAGCCCACAUCGGUACCGUUGUCACACUCGUCCUCCUGCAAAUCCCAGAGUUGUGGGAAUGGGUACCCAGAGCACAGUUCUGUCGACUGGGACCCCAGCUCCUUCCUGUCAGCCCACAAGCUGUCUGGCCUCUGGAACUCUGCCCACAGCAAUGGAGGGGUCCACUGCAACCACAAUGCAGCCUCACACUCACAGCAAGGUGGAACAAGGGGACCAGUCUGUCAUGAGAAACGAGGUUCUCAUGAGGCACCUGGGAAAUCUGCUAAGACCUCAGGGGCCAAAGUGUGCCCCUACAGUCACCCCUCAUCCCAGAAUUCCAGCGGAACGUCUCCUGGCAACCCCCAUUCUACCUCUGACCUCUGUAAGACCACCCCAAAGCACUUCAAGACCAUGUGCAGAAGACCAACUCCGCCAGGCGAAGCCUUCCAUCCCAGUGAUCACCACCAACACUCGGACCUGUCUGUGCCCCCCAACAGCCCCACUGGUCUCUCCUCCCAGCAUUCCUCUCUCCUGCCGCCCAAGCAGAGCUCGGGAACGCACGGCCACGUCCCCUCCUCACCCAGCCCUGGCCUCGCUGCUCACGCUCCCUUCUCCCCUCUGGUACCAAACCUCCACAGCCCGUCAGCCAAGCUCUCCUCUGGGCCUGACAGCCCCACGGCCCUCCACAAGCCUAGCCCCUGCAAGAACGCCCACAUUCCUGCUAGCAACACUCAGCACAGCAAGCUGGGGGGGUCCCUCAUGGGCUGUAACCACCCCUGUAACGGGAACAGCGGUGCGACAGUGGCCACCUCCAACGUAGGACAUCUGACAGCAGGGGCCUGCAGGGACCAGGCGUGUAAAGGACACAAGCUGGCUAACGGGACGUUGUGCCACGCUCCGUCGGAGCUGGAGGAGGGGGAGGACGAGGACAGCAGCUCUGAGAGGAGCUCCUGUGCUUCUUCCUCCACCAACCAGAAGGACGGGAAGUAUUGCGACUGCUGCUACUGCGAGUUCUUCGGACACAACGCACCUCCUGCUGCACCGACGAGUCGUAACUAUGCGGAGAUCCGGGAGAAGCUAAGAUCCCGUUUAACCCGACGCAAGGAAGAGCUGCCUCUGCAACAAGACUCGGACCCGGGCGUCGCCAGCGCAAUCGACAACCGGGAUGUCGACGAGCUGUUGGACUUCAUCAACAAUUCGGAGCCCAAACCCAUCAACAGUGCGAAGGCGGCCAAACGGGCCCGUCAUAAACAGAAGAAGAAGGAAAAGGAGAAGUCGCAUGGCUGCAUGGAGGCUGGAGGCAGCGACCCCCCAUCCACCCCUCCAGAGCCUGCAGACGAUCCCAGCCCUGAGGGCUCGGAGGCCAGCCGAUUGCUGGAGUGGCCCCAGCUGGAGCUGGAGCGGGUCAACAGCUUCCUCACCAGCCGGCUGGAGGAGAUCAAGAACACCAUCAAGGACUCUAUCCGGGCCUCCUUUAGCAUGUAUGACCUCAACCUGGAUGUCAACGAUUUCCCUAAGAAGGCGGCCACGCUGGAGGGCAACCACCUGCUGUCACACCUCAACGGCUCCUCCGACCUGCAGCAGAUCGAUCUGGACCUGGCCCCUCUCUCCCUGGGCACCUUCAAGAGCCAUCUGGACCUGGUGAACGGCUGGGAGGAAGCCCACAGCCUCUCCUCCUCCAACACAACCGCCGCCGCAGGGGCUGCCACCGGGGCUGCCACCACCGGGGCUGCCACCGGGCCCAAAGACGUCCAGCGGCUGCACUCCACACCCAAUCUGUCCAAGCUCAUCCGCAUUCGUUCCCCAGAGAUGUGCCCCUCGUCUGGGCCGGACAGCCAGCAGCAGACCCCGGUCCCUGCUGCUGCCAAGCCAAAGGAGGAUGUCUUGGAUCCCAGGAACUUUGCCGCUGCUGGGGCUGGUGCUGCUAAAGCCAAGAAGGGUAAAAAGCAGCAGCAAAGGCAGGAGCAGCCUCUGACUGAGCCAAACCCAGCCAAACCCACCAAAGCUGCCUCUGGGAACGAAUUGAUGAGCAAGGGGGCAGACUUGGGAUCUAACAGUUAUAAGAUCGGGUCCCGACAGCCCCCUCCACCUCAGCCCCUACCGUCUGCAGACAGCCAGAGGACCGUGCCCAAGAACCCCACAGAGUCCAGGCCACCCAGACAGGCGACCAACGGAACAGCCAGCGGGGUCUCAAACACCCACAGGGGCAAGGCUGACGCAGAGACACGUGGCGGUCGCUCGGAACAGGAAUCAGAGGGCAGAGGUCACUCCACUGCUCCUACAAAUGGACAGCAGCAGCAGCCCAAGGGGAAGAAUAAGAAGAACAAGAACAAGGGCGAGAAAUCUGGCCCUGCAAUUGAUGAUGUUUUUCUGCCGAAAGAUGUAGAUGCUACAGAAAUGGACGAGAUUGAUCGUGAGGUGGAAUACUUCAAAAGGUUUUGCCUUGAUUCUGCUAAACAAACCCGCCAGAAGGUAGCAGUGAACUGGUCCAACUUUAGCCUCAAAAAGGUUUCUUCAAACGCAGCUCAAUAACUUGAUGGGCCCCGGACUAAAGAACUCUCAAGUUCCCAACAUAACUGUCAAUAGAACCCUGAUUGGCCGGAGGCCUUUUUACUCAUUCCCACUUCCUCCUCCUCUUCGUCGCAAAGCCAAGGGACCCUGGGGCAGCAUCGUUUUCCAUUCAGAAGGACUAUAAUCCUAUUGGCUACUAGCCAGGGAUAUCUCACAAGGCCAACUCCAACUUUUGCUAUCUUGGUGAUGAUCACAAAACGAGUUGCAAAAAUGGAAAAUAAUCAACUUUGUCUGACCCGCUUCAUCUGUGUGCUUCAUUUAAUGUAGUAUGUAAACAGUUACCUUACAAUAAAAGUGUUUUAUUGCAAAUGUGGCACAUUUUAACAUUGUUAAACCUCUGGAUUCCUAUUGGUUCGGUUUGGUACUCCAAAGGUACUCUGUUGCUCAUUCCUGUUUUUGUUGCAGUUGUUCUUGGUCCUCUGGCCCCUUCACACCAUUUCUGUGAUGAGAAUGUGAGGACGUUCCAGCUUUAUAUAAUUUUACAAUGAUUUUAAGAAGAAAGUAUUGUGAAGGUGACCCCACAGAUAUACAUUUUUCCCAGUGUCAGUUAGGGGGAAAAGACAUAUCCACUGUCCUCGUGUAGGUUGUUAUGGCACCCUAGUCACCUAAACUCAACCGUACUGCAUAGAUUGUGCCAUAGAUUUAACUGACCCCUAUUCAAUCCAUUGAUUCACUGGCUAAACUCUGCAUUAGGUUGUGACUGGUAGCAUCAGGAGUUGUGGCAUUUGGAGUAUCUCAUUCUGUAGUUUUUGUUUUUAAUGCAAUUUCGAAAGCAAUCAACAAAGAUGGAUGAAAUGGCAUGACAUAGGCACCCGAUGUCCUACCAUGGUUUUUGUAUAAAAUUGUUACAUGAAAUGUUUUUGUUUUUUAAAACAUGAACGUUUGCGAAGUAAUCAAUACGACACUAAUAUAAACUUGAUCUGAAAAAAAAAGUA